AUGGCAGCUCAAAUUUAUCUGAAAAGGCAAAGAAAUGGGUACUUAAGUUUCUUUAGUUUUCAUUUGGAGCGAGGUUUUUCACUCUGGUCAAUGAAGAAAGAUCCUGAUCUUGAAGUUGCAUUACAUCGAAAUCGUCGAUGGAUAGUUAAUAAUCAGAUUAAGAACAUUAUUAUGCAAUGUCCCAAUCAUGUUGCUCCAGUAAAGUAUUUACAGAAGAAGUUCAAGAAUCUUGAUCUUCAAGGAAAAGCACUAAAUUGGAUUAAAAAGUACCCUUGUUGCUUUGAAGUUUACCUUGAGAAUGAUGAGUAUUAUUGCGGAUUAACGAAAAGAAUGAUGUUUUUGACGCAAGAGGAAGAGGAUGUAAAGGAUAUGCAAGAAGGUUUAUAUGCGGAUCGACUAGCUAAGUUGUUGAUGAUGUGUUGCGAUAAUAGGCUUAAUGUUGUGAAACUUAAUGAAUUGCGGAGAAAUUUUGGAUUUCCUGAUGAUUUUUUGCUUAGAAUUGUACCUAAGUACUCAAAAAUAUUUAGAGUUGUUAACCAUACUGGAAGACGAAGUUCAGUGGAGAUUGAGCUUACAGAAUGGAAUCCUGAUUUAGCAAUUUCUGCAAUUGAGAGAAAGGCUAAAAAAGAUGGCCGAGAGCCAUGUUUUCCGUGCUCGUUACCUCAAACAUGGGUCAAAUCAUUGGAAAGGUUUGAAGAUUUUAAUUCUACUCCAUAUAUUUCGCCUUAUUUAGGACUUGAUGGUCUGGUGGAAGGUUCAAAGGAAAUGGACAAGAGAACAGUGGGGUUGGUUCAUGAAUUACUGUCAUUGACGUUGUGGAAAAAAGCAUCAAUUUUCAAAUUGGGACAUUUUAGGAGGGAAUUUUGUUUCCCAGAGAAAUUGAAUGUUUUUCUGCUCAAACAUCCUGGAAUAUUCUAUGUUUCUAACAGAUACCAGAUUUAUACAGUUCUCCUGAGGGAAGCGUAUAAUGGGUUUGAACUGAUAGAAAAGGAUCCUCUAGUUAUUGUCAAGGAGAAGUUUGGAGAAUUAAUGCAAGAGGGAUUACAUGAAUAUAAUCGCAGACAUUAUCUAUUAAAUUUGGAAAAGAAGAGAAAUAGAGGCAUGAUAAUGUCAAAGCCAGAGAAAAGGAGGAACCAAAGGGAUGAAACUUCCGAACAAGAUAAGGAAGGAGGAGAUCUAGGUGGCAUAUUUGAUCCAGAAGAGAGAAAGCGGUUUUACAGAGUUCUAUUUGAUGACAAUGCUCCAUAAGCAACGGAAGAUGUAAACAUAUCCAUAUUAGCAUCAAUUUUCAGGUCAUGAGACUACGAACUGAUUUCCCUCGUCUCAAGAAAUAGAGAAGGAUAAAGAGAUUUCGUGCCACUUCUAUAGAUCAUUUCGCACCAUCUUCAUUUUUUAUACUUUGUGUGGUAUUCAUGUAACUUUACCUUUUUUCUUUUCUUCAAAGUUAAAACUUGGACCAAGUUUGAAAUAUAGACAUCAAAUUUAUAGUGAUAUGUUUUACUGUGGAUUUGUCAUGUAGGAGGAUUCCACUACUUCAGCAUUCUUGAGCAAAUGGUUGAUGUUAUCACUGCAAAAUUGAUUCUUUUCUUUGUCUGUAUUGUAAUUGUGAAAUUAUUGGCUGUGGUUUCAGAUGGCCCGUACCAAGCAAACUGCUCGCAAGUCUACUGGAGGAAAGGCCCCUAGGAAGCAACUCGCUACCAAGG